ACGCUUUUGUAGUAGAGAGAAACGGGGCAGGCACUGAUACGAAUGUGUGUGAGAGAGCACACAUGAUUGAAGCAACAACCUUAGAUGAGUGUCCUUCUUCUUCCUCAGAUCAUUUCUCCUGAAAAAUUUGAAACUAAUCUCAAAGAUUGAUACUUUGUUGUCUGGAGAUUCUUCUUUUGCUAUUAUACUGUUUCUGGGUUUUGUUUCAAUUUGAUGAUGAUGAUGGGUGAUAAAGAUAACACUCGCGGAGUUGUAGAACAUGGGUCUCGGGAAGAUACUUCUCCAGCUCCAAUGGUUGGAGAUUGUGCUGAGAUAACAGAAGAGAUUUCAGCGAGCCAACACCGAAGAAGGCGAGUUCUUGAGGUAGAUAUACCACCGAGAGCAUACGAAGACGCUCAUGGUGAUUUCCUGAGAGCAAAUGGUUCCUUAAUCCAUAGCCCUGUUUCCAAAAGGUUCAAGUUUUCUCCAAUGUCAAGCCCUAGAAUUGGAAGACGUGUUGGAUCCAUAAGUCCUUCCUCUUCAAGAAGCAGAACAAGUCAGAAGAGUCUCCUAAACUCUAAAAACAGGAACAACAAUGCAGAUAUUGAGGCAGGUAUGGCGUCUGUGUCCCCUUCAGGAGAUGGUAGGGAUAAGUCCUAUAUUCCAAGAACAUGGUCUCUCUCCAAUCUCUUAGCUCCUAGAAAAUCUAGGAAGACAGAGUCUUUACCGGUAACCCCUAUAGCUCACUCAAACCCUGAGUCCAUGCACGGGAGGUAUGCUGUUGAGGUUGAUCCGGUUACAUCCAUGAAAGGGGAGCACUCACUUCCUAUUCGUCGUUCACGCUCUGUCCCAACAUUCUUCAACAAAGAUGGAAGUGUAAAGCCAUUAGGUGUUUUCCGCGUGAUUCCUACUCCAUCUCGGGGGGAUGAGAAGAUUCUAGAGAUGAUGCCGGCAUCGAAAAUAAGUAAACUCAAUGAUGAAAAUAAUGAUGGCGGGGAAGAUGUUUCUGAAGAGGAAGCUGUAUGUAGAAUCUGUAUGGUAGAAAUGGAGGAAGAUUCAGAAGCUUUUAAGAUGGAAUGUAUGUGCAAAGGGGAAUUAGCUCUUGCCCAUAAGACAUGCACGAUUAAAUGGUUCACAAUUAAAGGGAACAUAACAUGUGAUGUGUGUAAGCAAGAGGUGAAAAAUCUCCCGGUGACCCUUCUCCGUGUACAGGAUUCUCAAGACCGUUCUAGAGCAGCCGGGGAUAUCGAGAUUUCACGGUUCAAUAAUGAGUGGCAAGAAGUUCCAAUUCUUGUCAUUGUAAGCAUGCUUGCAUACUUUUGUUUCCUCGAGCAGCUUCUGGUUGUGGAAAUGAAAUCUAGCGCAGUAGCGAUAGCCUUACCGUUCUCUUGCAUUAUCGGUCUUCUUGCAUCGAUGACAUCAACAACAAUGGUGAAGAAGAACUAUGUGUGGAUCUACGCAACCAUUCAGUUCUGUUUGGUGGUCCUUUUUGCUCACCUCUUCUACUCAGUUGUUAAGCAGCCGGUUAUGUGCAUCGUCUUAGCCACUAUGAUCGGAUUCGGACUCACCAUGACCGGCACGACGGCUAUUAACGAGUAUAUGAAAUGGAGGAUAAGCAAUGCCCACCAGUCAGCUGAGCCAGCAAGGACUUAAGUGAGUUGACCAGUGUCUCAGACAACAGAGUAAUCUUCAGUGAAGCUAGAGUCCCUAAAGGGUUGGAUCGGUUUUAGAUUAACCGAUGUUUUUCUGGUUAAUUGAACCAUCAGAGUUGGGUCUUCGGUUUAGCUAUAAUCAAUUUGUAUGUCUAUGUUACAUGUUAGCGCAGAUUUGGUUAUUUUGUUGUGUAAGAAGCAAAACAAAAAUUAUUGACUUGGUUUAUUAAGAAUAAUAAUUUCAUUAUAUGACGUCACUAUUGUAUUUA